CCAUUUUAUUUAAAACACUGUUGUUCGUUUUUCGAGAUCAAAAAUAAGUGCGAUGCGUGAUAGACUGGUAAUUCUGGCUCUCUUCGAAGUGCUGUUCACCUAUAAAGUACGAUUAAAUGAUGCGGUCGUUUUUAAGUUUACGAACUUCGCUUGUGAGAGUUACAACACAUCCUGGUUCGUCUUUCACAACUGUCGCUUGAAGGCUGUGAGUCGGGACAAGGUUCUCCUGAAUUUGAAUGGAACAAUUUUACAUCCAUCUAACGAUAUACACAUUCACGGCCAAGUUUUUAAGAGGUUCAAUGGCUACAAACCGUGGCUGUUUAAAGAAGAUGUAGACGCGUGUCGCUAUCUACGGCGUCCUUACAUUCCUGUUGCAGCUAUUGUCUACGGGCUCUUUAAGGACUUUUCAAAUAUUAACCACACAUGUCCUUACGUGGGUCCACAGAUUGUUAAGGACUUCUAUCUAAGGCACGAACUACUACGGCUUCCCUUUCCCACUGGUGAUUACUUGUUGUCCAUGAGGUGGCAUUUCGAUAAGAAAUUGCAAUUUGAUACAAACAUUAGUUUUACAUUUGUCGAAGAUUUUGUUAAAAAAAAAUAA